GCUGCCAUGGCGGCAGCUCCGCCGGUCUCCAAGGCUGAGUAUCUGAAGCGUUACUUGUCUGGGGCAGAUGCCGGCCUGGAAGGAGGUUCAGAGUCCGUUCGGAAGAGGCGCAAAAAACGACCGAAGCCGGGAGGCACCGCUGGCAAGGGAAUGCGGAUUGUUGAUGAUGAUGUGGGCUGGGCAGCUAUCUCUACCACUAAGCCGGAAAAGGAGGAGGAAGAGGAUGGAGAUUUGCCUGUGGUGGCUGAGUUUGUGGAUGAGCGUCCAGAAGAGGUGAAGCAGAUGGAGGCCUUCCGCUCCAGUGCCAAAUGGAAGCUCCUUGGAGACCACAGUGAAGAUGGGCAUUUCUGUCAUGAUGAGCAAGAUCCAUCUUCUCCUAGGAGGGUUCGUCAUGACACCCCAGAUCCAUCUCCUCCCAGGAAGACCCAUUAUGAUACACCAGAUCCGUCUCCUCCUAGGAGGGUUCGUCAUGACACCCCGGAUCCAUCUUCUCCUAGGAGAUCCCGUCAUGACACCCCAGAUCCCUCUCCCCCAAGGAGAUCCCGUCAUGACACCCCAGAUCCCUCUCCCCCAAGGAGAUCCCGUCAUGACACCCCAGAUCCCUCUCCCCCAAGGAGAUCCCGUCAUGACACCCCAGAUCCAUCUCCCCCAAGGAGAUCCCGUCAUGACACCCCAGAUCCAUCUUCUCCUAGGAGAUCCCGUCAUGACACCCCAGAUCCCUCUCCCCCAAGGAGAUCCCGUCAUGACGCAGACACAUCUCCUCCUAGAAGGGUCCGCCAUGACUCAGACGCUUCUCCCCCCAGGAAGUCUCAUCGUAAUUCUUCAGGUGUAUCUCCUAGGAGAGGCCAUCUUGGUUCCUCGGGUGUCUCUCCCCCUAGAAGGGCCCAUAACCACUCCCCUGACACAGCCACACAUAGGAGGACUUUUGACACUUCAGACCCACAGCCUCUCAGGAGGGCCCGUCAUGACUCCCCUGAUUUGGAACUGUCCAGAACCAAAAGUAGUAAAGCUGCGGAAAGAUCCUCUAGCAAGACUGUACAUCAGAGGGGGCUGGGACCCUCUCACUCAUCACUCUCCAAGAACAGCAAGUACGGGCAGGACUCUGACCUUUCUCCACGGAAACGGCAAACAAAGGCUCAUGUUGGAGCUAAGAAGCAGCUUGAUCCUAAAGGUGUCUGCCAAAAAGCCUCUGAUUCAGACCUUUCUCCUCCACGGCAAAAACAAAAUCCAGGACACCAGGAUUCUGACUCAGAUCUGUCACCGCCACGGAACAGACAGAGACACCGGAGCUCUGACUCUGACCUCUCUCCACCCCGGAGAAGACAGAGGACCAAAUCUUCUGAUUCUGAUCUCUCUCCUCCUCGAAGGAGUCCCCAUCCCGGGAAGAAGCAUGCACGUAUGUAUUCUGGAGCAAAAACUGGAUUGGUGACUGAUGUUCAGCGGGAGCAGCAGGAUCUCAAGAAACAGGACCAAGACACCACAGCCCUUGAAGCUCAGUUUGAAUUCGCUGAAACGGUGUUUCGAGACAAGUCUGGUCGUAAGAGGAAUUUGAAGCUGGAACGCCUGGAGCAGAGGAGAAAAGCAGAGAAGGACUCAGAGCGAGAUGAGCUUUAUGCCCAGUGGGGCAAAGGGCUUGCCCAGAGCCGGCAGCAGCAGCAGAAUGUAGAGGAUGCAAUGAAGGAGAUGCAGAAGCCUCUGGCCCGCUAUAUUGAUGAUGAAGAUCUGGAUCGGAUGCUGAGAGAACAAGAGAGAGAAGGGGACCCGAUGGCCAACUUCAUUAAGAAGAAUAAGGCUAAGGAGAACAAGCACAAGAAAGUGAGGCCUCGCUAUAAUGGUCCUGCACCUCCUCCCAAUAGAUUCAAUAUCUGGCCUGGAUACCGCUGGGAUGGAGUGGACAGAUCCAAUGGCUUCGAACAGAAGCGCUUUGCCAGGCUCGCCAGCAAGAAGGCUGUGGAGGAGCUUGCCUACAAGUGGAGUGUGGAGGACAUGUAGCUUCUCCGAGGCUGUGCGGUGCUGUGGUGGUGGUGGCACAGGACAGCCCGACAUCCAGCUUCUAAUGCUUGUCUUGCUAGACCCAGACCAGCAACUCGCGGUCAGUUCUGACCUUUGGACUAGGCACCUACCCUUGGCUGUGUCCGUGCUCUCUGACUGUCUUUGGCAGAACACAGUGACUUCUCUAUCCCAGGGCUUGUUCUUAGCCAGUGCUUUUCUUCUUAUUUUUAAAAAUAAACACAUAUUUAUUUUUUGUAAUCAUUUCCUAACUGGGUAUUCUG